UGUAGCUGCCGGAAGCAGUUCCGCAGUGGCUGCCGGGAUCGUGGUGAUGUGGCCCCCCCGCUUCCCCCCUCCCCACCCCGGGAUGUCGGAAGAAACCAGGCAGAGCAAAUUGGCUGCGGCCAAGAAAAAGUUGAGAGAGUAUCAGCAGAAGAACAGCCCUGGUGUUCCUGCAGGAGCAAAGAAGAAAAAAAAGAUUAAAAAUGGCAGUAGCCCUGAGAAAACCACCGUCAGUGAUUGUCAGUCACCAGAGGAUAUUCAGGACAUUCUGAAGGUGUUGGUGUCCGACCUUAACCGUUCCAAUGGGGUCUCACUCCCCCCAUUAGACAAGAGGAAGGCGCCCACAGACUGUGCUGCUCCUGCACCGCCAACUGCUGAUGAUGACACUAUGUUUCUUGGUGUUGUCCCUUCCCCUGAUGCUGACCUCACUAGCAUGGCAUCACCUCAGAGCCACGACGCUGGCAAUUGUUCUAACCUCAUGGAGGAGACCAAGACUUUCUCAUCAACUGAGAGUCUGCGACAACUUUCUCAACAGCUCAAUGGGCUUGUAUCUGAGACUACAUCCUACAUCAAUGGGGAGGGCCUCGUGUCUUCCAACAUGAAGGAACUGGAGAGCCGGUACCAAGAGCUAGCCGGAGCCCUGGACUCCAGCUAUGUAACAAACAAACAACUCAGUAGCACGAUAGAGGAAUUGAAACAACAGAACCAAGAUACUCUGGAUCAACUGGAAAAAGAGAAGAAGGAUUAUCAGCAGAAACUGGCAAAGGAGCAGGGAGCUCUCAGGGAACAACUGCAGGUUCACAUUCAGACCAUAGGCAUCCUGGUGUCUGAGAAGGCAGAAUUACAGACCGCCCUGGCCCACACGCAGCAAGCAGCCAGGCAGAAAGCAGGAGAGUCAGAGGAUCUUGCCAACCGCCUACAGUCUUCCCGACAGCGUGUGGGAGAGCUAGAGCGGACGUUGUCUACGGUGUCAACACAACAGAAACAGGCAGACAGGUACAACAAGGACCUAACCAAAGAGCGAGAUGCCCUCAAGCUGGAGUUGUACAAGAACAACAAAAAUAACGAAGAUCUGAGGCAGCAGAACUCAGAACUGGAAGAGAAACUUCGAAUCUUGGUGGCGGAGAAAACAGCUGCACAGUUGGGGGUGGAGGAGCUGCAGAAGAAGCUAGAAAUGUCAGAGCUGCUGCUGCAACAGUUCUCUAGCCAGUCUGAGGCCUCCGACAGUAACCAGCAGUUACAACACGCCAUGGAGGAGCGGGCUCAGCUGGAGACCCACGUAGGCCAGUUGAUGGAGUCGCUGAAACAGCUCCAGAUGGAGAGAGACCAGUAUGCAGAGACCCUGAAAGGAGAGAGUGCCAUGUGGCAGCAGAGGAUGCAGCAGAUGGCAGAGCAGGUGCACACACUGAAGGAAGAGAAGGAACACAGAGAAAGUCAGGUGCAGGAGCUGGAGACCAGCUUGGCGGAACUCAGGAGUCAGACAGAGGAGCCACCACCCCCACAGCCUCCAGCUGGGCCCUCCGAGGUGGAAGAGCGGCUGCAGGGAGAGGUUGAGCAGCUGCAGAAGGAACUGGAGAAGCUGACGGGACAACUGAGGGCCCAGGUACAGGACAAUGAGAGCCUGAGCCUCCUGAACCGGGAGCAGGAGGAGCGGCUGCUGGAGCUGGAGCAGGCCGCAGAGCGCUGGAGUGAGCAGGCGGAGGAGCGCAAGCAGAUCCUGGAGAGCAUGCAGAGUGACCGCACCACCAUCAGCAGAGCGCUAUCUCAGAACCGCGAGCUAAAGGAGCAGUUGGCUGAGCUGCAGAACGGCUUUGUCAGGCUGACCAAUGAGAACAUGGAGAUCACCAGUGCGCUGCAGUCAGAGCAGCACGUCAAGAAAGAGCUGGCCAAGAAGUUGGGCGAGCUGCAGGAGAGGCUGGGAGAGCUAAAAGAGACAGUGGAGCUGAAGAGCCAAGAAGCACAGGGUCUGCAGGAGCAGCGAGACCAGUGUCUGUCCCACCUGCAGCAGUACGCCUCCGCCUACCAACAGCACUUGGCUGCCUAUGAGCAGCUGACCUCCGAGAAGGAGGCGCUGCACAAGCAGCUUCUACUGCAGACACAGCUCAUGGACCAGUUGCAGCAUGAGGAGGUACAGGGCAAGAUGGCCGCUGAAAUUGCCCGCCAGGAGUUGCAAAAGACCCAGGAGCGCCUGGAAGCCACCAGCCAGGAGAACCAGCAGCUCCAGGCCCAGCUGAGCCUCUUGGCUCUCCCUGGGGAAGGAGAUGUGGAGCAGGAGGAGGAGGAGGAGGCUCCUCGGCCUAGUCUGACCAUCCCAGAAGACCUAGACAGUAAAGAGGCCAUGGUAGCGUUCUUUAACACAGCUAUAGCCAGUGCUGAGGAGAAGCAGGCCCAACUUCGCAUGCAGUUGAGAGAGCAGAAGGCACGCUGCCGGAGCUUGGCUCACCUGGCAGCCCCAGUCCAAAGUAAGCUCGAAAAGGAGACAGUAGUUCCCAGGAGUGUGAGUGACUCUGUGUCUGAGGAGAGCAACCAGGCCCUACAUGUAGCCAUGGAGAAGCUGCAGAGUCGCUUCUUGGAGGUCAUGCAGGAGAAAGUGGAGCUCAAGGAGAGGGUAGAAGAACUUGAACAUUGCUGCAUCCAGCUUUCUGGAGAGACAGACACCAUUGGAGAGUACAUUGCUCUCUACCAAAACCAGAGGGCAGUGCUGAAGGCUCGGCACUUGGAGAAGGAGGAGUACAUUAGCAGGCUAGCCCAGGACAAGGAGGAGAUGAAGGUAAAGCUGCUAGAGUUACAGGAGCUGGUGUUGAGGCUUGUGAACGAGCGCAAUGAUUGGCAGAGCAAAUUCCUGGCAGUCUCUCAGAACCCUGCUGAUGUGCCCACCCCAGUGCCCACGGGCUCCCAGGAAUUUGGAGCUGCUGAGCAGCAGGGUGACCUUAGGGAGGUGAGCCUGGCUGACAGUGUAGAGACUACACAAGGAGAGGCUGGGGCGCCUACUCCCCUUGAGAACCAUACUGCACAGCAGAUCAUGCAGUUGCUGCGUGAGAUCCAGAAUCCCCAGGAGCGUCCAGGCCUGGGCAGCAACCCUUGCAUCCCCUUUUUCUACCGUGCUGAUGAGAAUGACGAAGUGAAAAUCAUGGUUGUCUAAAAGACUGGCAGCCAAAGCCUCACCACGGGCAGCCAAAGGUUCUGCCCCAACCCACCCUUCUCAGUCACCCUUAUCCUUAUAAUAAUAAGGUCAGAUCCACCCCCUCCAGGGGCUGAGGAAGUAGCUCAGUUGGUAGAGUGCUUGUCUGCCACGCACAUAGCCAUGGGUUCUGUCCCCAACACUCUGAAACUGGUGAUGCUUGGAAUUCAAGAACUUGGGAAGUGGAGGCAGGAGAAUCAACCACCCUCAUCUAGCUAGUAAGUUUGAGGCCACAGUGGGUUACACUGAGACCCUGUCUGGGGGAAAAAAAAACCCAGAUGAUCAGACUUCCUAUAUUACUGUGGGAUACAAAUGGGGAUGGUCUGUGCCCUUUGGCCAGGGUGGUUUUACUUUCUAAACUCCCGUUAGAGAAAGAACACUGGACUUGGUGAUUGAGCAGAUUGGGUAGCUGAUGGCUUCCUGACGAAGUUGUCUUUAAUUGGAGGGCCUCAGUCCUUACUCUAGACACUGGGACAAAACAAUUUGGCAGCAUUUUUAUGGCCAGGUACAGCAUAGUCUGGUAGAUGCAAUCUGGCCUUCAGCAGGGCUCCUUUAUCUUACCAUCUCUCAUUUCUUUCCACCCUCCUUUUUAUCUGUAUGUUCUUUAGACACGCAUCCCAAGCUAACCCUGAACUCACUACACAUUGACCUUGUGAUUCUCCUGCCUCAGCACUGUGCCUGGUAUCUCGCAGUGCUAAGUAGCCAUUCUGCCAAAUUGAUUUACACACCCAUCACUACCUACCUUUCUGUGUGGUAGUGCUGGGGAUGGAACCCAGGGCCCAGCACAUCCCUAAACCAACUCCCAUCUUCUUAGAGGCACUUUAGGGCAGUGGGGAUGGGCAACAUUUCCAUGGUCCCCAGGCAGUUGGGAUAACUGUCUCUGGAAAGCAUCCCACUUAGGAGGGCUUCCAUCUUCUUAGAGGCACUUUGGGACAGGGAAAGUGGGUACUAUUCUCUCAGGCCUUAUGACAAUUGGGGUAACUGUACACUAAGCAGGAUAAAGGCUGCUGGGGGGGGCUUCCCCUCCCCUGGUGUACAUAUUGUACCUCUGUACCAUUUUGUAUAUUCCGGGGUCGGGACACCCCCUGUAUCAUAGUGGAGGUUGGAGCUGGCAAGUGGGGAGGUGGUUCUAAUUAUCACUUGGGGCUGGGAAACUUAUUUAUUGGUAGUAUAGGACAGAAGACAGGAGGCAGAGAUGGGGUUGUGGCACCCUGCUGAUGCAGCUCCUCUUUAUUUUGCUUUUUACUUGGGAAAUAAAUGGAUUUAGCCAUA